GCAGUUAGAGAAGUCGAGACGCCUAUGUUGUUUUAAUCGUUUAACGAAGCUAAAGGUUACAUUCAAGAGGCCCCUGUCAAUGCUUUAAGCCUUUCACCGUCAACCGUGUGUGUACCACUGGCGGAAUUUCCCGCAUGGACCGUGAGUUUGCCCCGUAAAUUACAGCGCCCCACAUGUAAGAGGAAAGCCUUAUAUGGUCAGGGAAGUAGGUGUGGCGAACGAACCAGAGAGGAUCACAAGACGAGCUGAAAGAGAAUGUGUUGUUCGAUUCAGAAAGGGAAAAAGGCCGCAUAGCCAAUGUGUGCAUCUAUACUUGCGCAAUCGUAGUGCAAUAAUGUGCAACCUAUGAGUGCAACGCUUGUACUGUUGCGUCUAGAUUUGUGCAGGAUAGUUCUUCGUUUGCGAUUGGAUAGCAGCUCAUUUCUACAGCUCCAGCCGACCCCUUGACUUGGAAAAAAUAAUGGUGAGGUCAGCGUAGAAUGAGUCAACCUAGGAAAUGUAUGCAGUCAUCACCACUCUAUUGCACAGUGGGUGCGUGGACACAGGAACCGUUUCUCAGGUAACGAUCGCGGGAGCAACGCAGGAACACUACUGGAAUGGGUGUCGCCCAUGAGUGAGCAGCACAUACAGACACCCACACAGCUGACACCAGGUCAGCACGGGCCAGCUCCUGAGUAGGUCAGAAAGCGAGAAGGAGGACAGGAAGGAAGGACGUCCCAGCGUUUGACCUCCUGGUCCCCAGCCAGGGCCCCUUGGUUUGGAGAGACGGUUGACGGCGUUCUCUACCCCGCAAGUAGAACGUUGCACGCGGCGGGAUACUUUGGAUAAGUGCUAGGGAGGCUAGUUUGGCUGAGGGGUUUGGUGCUAACCUAGUACCGCCUCGGCUGUAGCGACCCUCGCGCCCCCCACCCCCCCCCCCCUUCCCGCCUCGACCACCAGCCCCAGGGUCCUUCAUGCGCGUCAUGAGUUUACCGCCCCAGCCAAAAGCAAACCCCAAGAGAACAGGCAAGCGCAUCUCUUUCUUCAACGAGCAAGGAGCAGCCAUGAAGGAGACAUCGUCCCAGCAUCCGGAAGGUUCCUACUAUGCCCUGGCCGCCCCGGCCUCCGAGGCAGCGCCCAGCGAGGCUGCCAGCACCGUGUCCUCCAACCCUGAGGCUCCGCACAUGUACCUAAACUCUGUGAUCUUCAGCCCAGAGAAAGGGGACCAGAAUCGGGGACACUACCAGCAGACGCUGCCCAUGAAGUGGGCCAAUCAGGAGCCCUCGCCGCAGAGCCAACAGCAGCAACAAAGGGCUGGCAACUGGACCCAGGGGGUCACCAUGGCCAACUGGGGCCAGAACUUUGCUCCCUACCUCGGAGGGGUCAGUGUGGGCGACGUCAGGACCCAGGCGUCCUUUGCCAAGCAGGGCCGUGAGGGGCCGGCCCUUCAGUCACAGCCCCAACCUCCCACCAGGGCUCCAGAGAAGCAGCAGCUGGUGGCCAACCCGACUGGUGAGGCCUACAGGGAGGUAACCAAGGCCCACGGGCUGGACUGGGACCCGCAGAACCAGCCCCAACACCAGGCUCCUCAGCAGCCCCAGGCCCAAGUCCAGGCCUACCAGCAGCCCCUCAAACCAGGGGCGCUGAACGCCCCCCAGCAUAGCGUGCAGAGCCCCGGAGGAACCUCGGUCCUCCAGCCCUUCCAGUUAGCCUUCGGUCAGCCCAAGCAGAACCUCACAGGGUACUACCAGGGCUUCCAGGGCAGCAGAGCUCUGCCCAACCUGAACUAUGGCGCCCAGGCCAAGCCCCAGGCCCAGCCUCAGCCCCAGCCUCAGUCCCAGCCUCAGCCCCAGCCCCAGCAUAUGCAGAAGAAAGAGCAGGAGCAGAUCCAGCGGCAGCAGAUCCUCCAGCAGCAGAUCCAGCAGCAUCACAUCCAGCAGCAGCAGAUGCUGCAGCACCAACAGCACGUGCAGCAGCAGCAGCAGCAACAACAACAACAGCAAAUCCAACAGCGACAACAACAGCUACAGCAGCAACAGCAAAAGCAACAACAGCAGCAGCAGCAACAGCAAAUCCAACAGCAACUAGCACUGUGUGGGAUGUACUAUAGCAGCCAAAGCUCUCACCCCCACGCCCAACCUCUUCCCCAGCCCCAGCCUCCUGUCGUUGUGCACUCCCAGGAGCCUCCAGCCCUGCCCACGGUCCAGGAGCCGGCCCCUCCAGCCCUCCCCUCGGACUCCCAGCCGGCCUCAGACGCCCAGCCUCACCAGCCCCAGGCUCAGCCUCGCAGGUCCAGAAGGCUGUCCAAGGAAGGGGGGGCUCCGUCUGGGGAGAACCCCUUCCUCCUCCCGUCUGAGCAGCCGGAGCUCGGCGCCCAGAACGGGGGGGUCCCCGAGGCGGUGCAAGGGCCCCCCAGGACGGAGGAGGUCCAGGCCGCUCCGACGGGGGUCAUCCAGAGCACACGCAGGAAGCGGAGGGUCUCACAGGAGGUCAACCUGGAGACCCUGGCCCAGAAGGCCUCUGAGAUGGAAUCCUUGCCCUCCCACGGGCUCAAGGACCCCCACCGACCGUGGAGCCCCUCCAGAGCUGGUUCAGGCCCAGACCGGGUCCUGGGUCACGGGGACGGUCUGAGCGGCAAGCGUCCUCGUGACGACAGCCUGCUGCCUCUGGUCAUCCCCGUGUCGGUGCCGGUACGGAGGCAGGAGCCGUCCUCCCCGGACCGGGAGCGCGCCGCGCUGGCCUCCAGCUGGCCCCUCCGUCACGGGUUCCUGGACUCGGGGCUUUCGGACCACAAACCGUCCGUCAUCGUCACGCGGCGCCGCUCGCUCAGGAACUCCCUGUCGGAGAGCUCAGGACAGAACGGUGGGAUGGAGGGAGACAAGGACGACGACGGCAAAUCGGCCAAAUCCAAACGGCGGCCCCGCCCCGAGCCCCUGUUCAUCCCGCCCCCGAAGCCCGGCACCUUCAUCGCCCCGCCCAUCUACUCCAGCAUCACGCCCUACCAGAGCCACCUGCGCUCCCCCGUCCGCCUGGUGGACAACCCCCUGGCCAUGCCGCCCUACACCCCCCCGCCCAUCCUCAGCCCCGUCCGCGAGGGCUCCGGCCUCUAUUUCUCCACCUUCCUCUCGUCCGCCGCCAGCGCCCAGGGUCUGCCUCCGCCCGCCACGCCCAAGUCGGCCUCGCGCAGCCUGCUGCGCUCCAACAGCUGUGACAUCACUCCUCCAGUCCUGUCUGCUAUUGGCGAGGCCACUCCAGUCAGCAUCGAGCCGCGUAUCAACAUCGGAGUGCGCUACCAGGCGGAGGUGCCGGAGCUGCGGCAGGGGCAGGCGGCCCAGCACGACCCCCACCUGGCAGAGCUGCUGUGGGUCCCGCUGGGAGAGGCCCUGGCCAGGCCCACCUUCCAGGAGAAAGUGGAUGACCUCAUGCAUCUAGCCUGCUCUAGUGCCCUGUGUGGAGGGGGAACCAAUCAGGAGCUGGCACUGCACUGCCUGUACGAGUGCAAGGGUGACAUCAUGGGAGCGCUGGCUUUACUGCUGCUGAAGAACCCUAUCUUCCCCAAGGCUCACCGCCUAGCUGGUUAUCACUACUCUGGGUCAGACAGCUGGACUGCUGCAGAGAGGCGCUGCUUUAACAAAGGCAUCGCGGCCUACAAGAAGGACUUCUUCAUGGUGCAGAAGCUGGUGAGCACCAAGACAGUGGCCCAGUGUGUGGAAUUCUACUACACCUACAAGAAGCAUGUGAAGAUGGGCCGUAACGGAGCGCUGCUGUACGGAGAAGCAGAACCUCCGGAGACCAGGACCACCGACGAGGAGCUGGACCACAAGAGCUCUCACAGACUGGACUCUCGGAAGGAGGAAGAGGACAACAGGAAGUGGGAGGGGUCAGCUGGCAGGAAGCCAGGCGGCAGCAGCCCAGGGAGAAUAACACAGGCCUUACAGGCCAGUGACAACGCCGGGGCAGUGCUGGUGCUGAAGGGCCAGGAGGACGUGAGGAGGGAUCAGCCUUCGUCUCGUGGCGGCCAUCCUCAUCCUCCUCCCUCUAAACCGCGGGCCGCUGCUGCAGCCAAGCCCCCGCCCAACCCCACGGGCCAGGAGGGGGAGUUCCCUUGCAAGAAGUGUGGCAGAGUGUUCUUCAAGGUGAAGAGCCGCAGCGCCCACAUGAAGAGCCACGCGGAGCAGGAGAAGAAGGCGGCCGCGCUGCGCCAGAAGGAGGCCGAGGAGCGGGCGGCGGCCGAGGCGGCGGCCCUGCUGGCCGCGCGGCACAACGGCGCGCUUCCGGGGGCCGCGGGCGGCGACAGCACCAACGACGACUCGACCGAGGACGACGAGGACAGGAACGACGUGGACUGGCACUGAGAACACGGGGGGGGGGUGGGGGGGGGGGGGGGUGGGUGGAGAGGGAGGCUGUGUAGCUGCUCACCUGGCCCUAGCUGCACACCCGGGACUCAGCUGUUCAGUAGAGGGCGGGAGAGAACGUUCUAGAUCGUGCUUAAGGUCUGUCUGGGAAUCCUCUCUCCAGACACAUAUCAUUCAACAACAGGCAGUGGCGUUGGGAGGGGGUGGGGGGCUAGCACCCUCCCCUGGCACUCCCGCAGACCUGUCGCCUCGCGGUGUCCUUGAUUGGCAUGGACAGCCACGUCUAGGAUAGCAGUGCUAUCUAUACGAGUUGGCCUGCAUUGACCUUUACUGGUGCCAGGAUAAACUCAGUCAGCAUGGCCGCUGGUUCAUUUCUGUCCGCACCUACAAAUCCUCCACAGUGACCCCCCCAGCCCUCGUCCCGUCGGCCCCGCUGCCCACUGCCUUGCACCUGCUGCAGCUAGGCUGUGUAGCUGCUCACCUGGCUCUAGCUUCACACCCGGAACUCAGCUGUUCAGUAGAGGGCGGAAGAGAACGUUCUAGUUCACGCUUAAGGUCUUUCUGGGAAUCCUCUCUCCAGACACGUAUCACUCAUCAACAGGCGAUGGCGUUGGGAGUUGAUCCUGCAUGGAGGUCCUGGACAUUACGGAAGGAUAGCUAGCUAGCGUCUUUAGUCAUCAGGGAUGUUGUCACUUUCGCGCGAGAGACUUUGGGCGAACAAAGGCACGCGGAGCAGGAGAAGAAGGCGGAUACCUUCCCGUUCCAAUACCACAGAAGGCGAAGAAACAUCCAUGGAGUUGGUCAUUGGCCAAUAUCGAAUGAAAUAUAAUUUUUUAUUUACUCGGAAAAAACGCAAAAAGUUGACACCUGUGUUUGCCAGGUGCAACUCUGGUCUCCCUGACACUCAGGUUCACAGAGACUUCCUGGUACACCACCGGUAUCCAGGAAGUCAACAGCGAGGCUCUUCCUCGACAACGCAGUGGACUGAACCUGAGUCUGUUUGUAAAACUGCUUCACAUUUUCUGUGAAACAGGACGUCCCCUGCACGCAUUCAGGGACCGGUUUACUCCCGUGUAUGUGUGAGAGGAGUGUUGUAUGUGUGUGUUUCUAGUAUGUUCACCUAAGUUGCUUGUGAAGCUAUCAGGGGAUAUGUCUGCCUCACAGACACAGGGCUAUGUGCGACAACAGCCAUGACACUGCUCUGACACAAGGACCUCCUCCACACACACGGGCUCCUCCUACUUCUCCUGCCUGCCCCAACCUGGCCCCUCCCACACAGACUGGCCCCUCCCACUUCAGCGUGAGCUCCUCCCCCUCGGCCCUUUCAGCCGCUCAGCUCGUCAGGUCGUGUUAGACUGUCUGGGAUUCCUCCGGUGAGACACAGUGCAUCCAGCCACAGCCAUUCACACACAUGAACAAACUGUCCUAUAGUCUACUGCUGACGCUACUGUCUUGGUUUUCUAGGGACCUGUAGAGAAACCCACAGAGAGCCCACUAUGUGUGCGUGCGUGUGAACACUUUUCUUUGCCUGUUGUCCCUUUAUCAUUCAAUUCUACCAGACGCUUGGUCAGUGACACGUCUACCAAACAGGAAGUUCUGUACUUUGGGUUCGAUCCUCUGAAAUCCCUGCUCCCCCUCUCUGGCCCUCUGGCUGUCUGGCUCUCUGGCUCUCCGGCUCUUUGGCCCUCU